AUGGCACAAAACCAAUCCACAUCAGAAAAUAAAAUAGACCUUGAACAUCAAGCAACGUUAGUAUCAGAUGCGACUACUUCCUUUCAACCAAUCUAUGGAAAAUUAUCUGAUAUUUUUGGUCGUAAAACAACAUUCUUAGCUGCAAUUAUCAUCUUUGAAUUAGGCAGUUUGUUGUGUGGUGUUUCUACUAAUAUGGUUUCACUGAUAAUAUUCCGUGCAAUCUCUGGCAUCGGAGGUGAUGAUAUUGUUAGCUCUAAAGAUCAGGGAAAAUACCAGGGCGCUCUUAGUGCAUGCUAUGGUAUUGCUUCCGUUACAGGACCUCUCUUGGGUGGUGCUUUUACUGAUCAUGUCAGUGCAAUAACAAUAGUCUCUGUGGUUAAGUUUCUUCAUUUACCAAAACCACCCGGUUCAUUACUUGAUAAAAUUAAAAGAGUUGAUAUUAUUGGCACCAUUUUAAUGAUCUCAUCAACUGUUUGUAUCUUAUUGGCUCUUAAUUGGGGUGGCAGUACUUAUCCUUGGAAUAGCCCCGUAAUUAUAAUACUUUUAUGUGUCGGUGCACUCGAGUUUUUGCCUUACAUUCUUGGUGUGGUAGCUUUCUUAUUCCUGACCGGUCAAUUAUUCUCUCUAACAGACAAAAUACAGUUUCGAUUAGUAACUCUAAUUGCUUCGGUAUUGAUAAUAAUUGGUGCCGGAUUAGCCAUUAUAUGGAAAGAAGAUACUGGAAAUGGUGAAUAUAUAGGAUACAUGUUAAUUGGUGGAAUUGGAAUGGGCACAAUUGCAAUGUCAGGAACAGCAUUUAAUAAUAGACUUUCUCAAGAAUUAAGUACUUUAACUUUACCUCCGUCUUUUUCAACACAAUCCGUAUAUUCUAUACAAUCAUUACCACCAGAUACACGGCUAUUGGUCAUUCACGCUUAUGU